AUGGAACCUCAGCUAAGACAAGUUAUUAUCGAGGCUUGGCGAGAUGUGGCUGAUGUCGAUCGAAGUAAACAGGUCAAAAAGGUAACUGAUAUAACUUGUAUAUAGCCUUCUCCCUCCCCACUCCCGCUCCUUAGUAUACUACACAAUACAAGUAGACUGUUCACAGUCCCCUAUUUUUUCGUGAGAUCUUUUCGAUAUACCGCGUCUUACCGUCACAGCUAUCUUGUUAUUCAAAUGUAUCGAGAGGGCGGGCGUCCGGAAUUAUAGCCAGUCUACAAUACAAGAGCAUAGGCGUGCAUAUUCAUGAUGGAACUCAACGUUACCGAAGACAUUAGGGAGCUUAAGUAACUACGAAGGCAAUGACAACGGGUAUGAAAACGUCACAUGAAAAGUAAAUCCGCGCUUUUUCAAAUUUUGUCAAGCUUAUUCCAUCUCGUUCAGUUCACUAAAUGUUGGCGAAUUGGUUUUAUAUUUGAAUUCUAAAAGACUGUUUUGAAGUUCAGGAAAAAAAUAUGAAUGUCGUUGUCUCGUGUUUCCGUUCUCCACAAAACGUGAAAGUAGGAAGUUUCACGCUGUAGUAGUGCAGUGACGGCAAAAAAAUGUGCAAAAAGCGUGAUGCACUAGUCUGCUACACAGCCGUUUUUAGUGUCGUCACGCAAUGCUCCUCCCCACUAGGAGCGUUGCGUGACGACCCUAGAAACGGCUGUAUAGCAGACUAGUGAUGGGCAAAGUUGUUGUUUUGUUGAUAGAAACCUACUGCUUUUUUGCCGUUGCCGUUGCCGUCGCCGUGGUCGUUGCUUAAACUCCCUAUUACCUGUAAAUGACCACAAGAUCACAGCCUCAUGUCUGACAAAUAUGUCUCCAAAGCAUAAAAUCAGACGUUAAAAACAGCGAAACGAAAUUUUUAAUCUUAUUCAAGCCUGUCCAUCUGUGCUAUGUUUUGUAUCUUCUGUCUUAGUUAUACCUUCUUAUAAUGUUUCAGACGUUUGUUCUUUAUUUUUCAUUCAAUACGGUAGCAUUUUCUACUGUUUCAAGUUUGAUCAAUUUCUCAACACCUUUUUGUGGUUGCAGGGUUGGUGUAGCGGUGACAACUCUCUCGGCACCAUUAUCGCCUGUGUUCAAAUCCCGGCGACGACGCCAUAUGUGGGUUUGCUUUGUCGUUGCGGGUUCUCUCCCUUGCUCCGAGAGGUUUUUCAUCGGGUACUCCGGUUUCGUGCUCUCUAAAAACCAACAAAUCCAAAUUCUAAUUCGACCAGGAAUCAGGUAGACAAAAAACCACUAUGUGGAUGUGCUACAUCUUAAUCCUCAUUUAGUUGUUUAUUUAUUUAUUAUUUAUUUAAGUAAAUCGAUUAUUGUGAAGAACCUCCUUUCCAUGAUUCUCCCAUUCCUGCGCAACUCGUUCCCAUUCUCCUACUCAUCCCUGUUUUUACCUCUCUCUCCCCCUGCGGGGAGUAAGUAGGUGAGAACCCAGAAGGGUCCGAUAGGUAGUACAUCGGAGAAUAGUAUAAUAGGAGCUGUGAUCCAUAAUUCAGUUCCGAUUCUACGAUUAUUUUGAUUCUCGAGUUUCGUUUUACGUUUCUUCGAUUCCUCCGAUUUUCCAAUUCUUGCCCGAAGAAUCGUGUAAUUGAAGCGUUGUCUUAAAUACAAGUUUUCUUAAUCGCAGAGUAGUAAAAUUAGGGUAAAUCUGUACUGCUAAAUCACAUAGUGUGACAUAGAACCUAUCCAAAAUGGGACCCUUCACUUUCGAGAUCGGCGCGUCGCAGCUUCAUUCCGUUACAGAAAUCGCCGUUCUUAGAUGUGAACACAAGUCCUAUGCAGUAAAAUUUUCACUUCUGUCGGCGUAAGAGUCGUCCGGUAUUGUGUAAACACAGCCUAAUACACCUGCUUGUAAUUACAGGUCUGAUCUGUGGUAUGCUGACUCAUCAGUACUUAGCUAUAGGCGAUGAACAAGAAGCAACACAAAGCAGCGUAGGAGUGAAAGAACUUCAUGAGGAAAUAUUUUGCGAUGUGGUAAGAACAGCAUUCUGUCUACAACUUUUAAAGGGGCUGUGUCAAGAUUCUGUGCUGAAGUUAUUACUUAGUGUGUUUCCUUACACACAAAAUACUCCUGUAUAGUUAUGAAGUAUAUUGAUAUCAAACAAAUUUCAUCAGGGAACACUAACCAUAAUACUUUAUUUGGUGAUUUUUGCAGGCGUAGCAUUAAUGCUUUAAAACAUUGGCCCAGUUAGUUCAAACUUCAAUCCAUCUCCAUCCUUGCCAAUAGGCGACAAUCCCUAAAUGUAGUCUUCAAUGGAGAAGAAAAUUGUGACGUCACGUUACCAUGGUAGCAAAAUUUCUUGAUCACAACUAAAAGGGACCUUAAGCAACGACGCCUUCGACGGCAAAGAGAACUGGAAAAAAGCAAUAGGUUUAUAUCACCAAAACAACAACUCUGCACGUGCAUCACUCUUUUUGUACGUUUCUUAGCUGUCGUUGCACGGCUGCGACGUGAAACUUCCUACUUUUACGCACCCGCUUUACGAAGAAGGUGAGCACAACGCCAAAAUUUUCUUUUUCUUUUUCUAAACAUAGAUACGGUCCUUUCGAAUUUAACCCCAGAAAUUUCGCCAACAUUUGACAAAUUAAGUGAAAUUGAAUGAUAUCAUCGAAGUUCGAAACAGUGCGAAUUUACUUUUUAAGUGAUGUUUUCGGUUUGUUGCCAUCCAGAAAUUUUUCUACCAUUGCAAAGUGACGUAACGACUUCGUGGCAUAUUGGUUGCCCCUUUAAGCUUUAGAACUGAGUGUGAUCAUAUAAUUAGUGUAAGGCAUGGUGGUGAGUGAGUGUGGUAAGUGUGUUGCUAACGGAAGCACUUAGUGUGGUUUUCACUACCGAGUCGGAACAAAAGCGAGAACGGAAGCAGCAUAUCUUAUUGGGGAGCAUAAAAGGUGCAAGGGCGAGAGCCCUUGCCUCUCAUCGAUGCGGCCUGGGUUCAAGUUUCGAUGUCGACUUAGACUUUCUCAAAGUCCUUCGCUUCUUAUUUCCGGUUCCGGUAGUUGGUCCCAGCGCAAAGGACUUUUCUCACGUGCAGCGCACCAAAUUUACAGGAGGGAUUUUCCCCCUGUAGCUUUUAUCCAAUCACGAACGGUUUUACUGAUGCGCCGUCAAUCAAACCCGAUCAUGCCACAUGAAACGUGGCUUGAACUGUUUUGAUCCAAAUUCAAUCAAGUCAAUUAAACUGUGUAUUUUUUGCGGGCUGUAUUUUGAUUUUGUUUUAUCGCCUGUAUUCAAAUACAAAGCUUUAGUGGACGUUUUAUCUUCCUCCAUUUAGCCGUCGUAGCAGGACUAUGACGUGAACUUCCUAGUUUCACUCGUCCGCUUUAUAUAAACUAGGUGAACACAACACCCUUUUUUUUUCUUUUCCUAAACUUAAAUAUGGUCCUAUCGAAUUUAACCCCAGAAAAUUUGGCCACCAUUUGACAAAUUAACUGAAACUGAACGAGAUCGAUGAAGUCGGAAACAGUUUUAAAUGACGUUUUUCGGUUUGUUGUCAUCCAGACCAUGGCAACUUGACGUAACGACUUCUCCUACAUGCAGUUUGUGCAAAGAACAGAAGUGAGGGUUACAUGGAAUACUAACCAAAACAGGCCUUAAAAAAUAUUGAAACGCGACAACGAUAAAACAUCUUUUAUCGUUCCUCUUUUAUGUUUGUUAACCCUGGUGAAUCCCCCGGGGAGAGUAUUGGAGUAUUGAUGAACUAUAAAGAAACUUCAGUAUUUUGGAGAAGUAGUCGUGCCAUUUGAAAGACCUUAUUAUUACUCUUCAAUUUCUUCAGAGAAAUCAAUAUUUGAUAACCAUUUAUAUUCGUUCUACGCUUUGGAUAUUUUAAUGGAAGAACUGACAGCGCAUCUAGAUGAAGACAUAAGAGAUUUAAUAGCUUACGAAAGAGGGAGG